GAGACCAUUAGGCACUUACUCAUGACAAGAAUUAAUUCUAAUAGGGAGAAAGCUGAAAAAUGGAACUUGAAUGAUAUUUGUCCUACUAUUAAGAAGAAGUUGACUAAAAUUAUGGAGGAUGCUGCCACUUAUAUUCCUAAAAAGUCGAAUAUGUGGAACUAUGAAGUGAUUGGACCUGUUGAAGGUGAUACUUGGGCUGUUGAUUUAUAUAACAGGACAUGUAGUUGUAGGCAAUGGGAACUUUCGGGUAUCCCUUGUAAGCAUGCUAUAUCAUCUAUUUGGUUGAAAAAUGAUGAAGUUUUAAACUAUGUCGAUGAUUGUUACAAGGUCGAGACAUAUCAAAAAAUUUAUGAAGUUCCAAUAUUGCCUAUGAAUGGUCCUGAUUUAUGGCCGAAGUCACAGAAUCCUCCACUAUUACCACCUUUAUACUUGAAAAAGACAAAGAAAGGGAAGAAACAAAAACUAAGAAAGAAAGAAGAUGAUGAAUCGGGAGCUAGCAGGAUGAAGUUAAAAAGGAAACAAAAAUCAGUUCAUUGUAAGAAAUGUGGUAGGCCUGGCCAUAAUAGUAGAACUUGCACUCCUUCAUCUGAUGCCGUUGAAAUUCAUCCAUCGGACCAUCCUUGUAGUUUGGACUCCAUCAUGAUCGAGAGAGCAUCAAGUUAUCAUAAUGUGGAAAAGCUACCUGUUAGAAAAGGCAAAUCUCAAGUCGGCCAUCAAAGUUACAUUUUCCAGACAUCUCAAAAUGGCAGGAACGAUUGAAGAAAUUACUUCUUUUUUAUUUAUUGAGUUAUUUUUGUUCUUGUAUAUCAAACUGAUGAUAUGCUACUGGUUUUUGCUGUUCAUUUACUUAUUCUGUUAAUUUAAUGGUACUAGACUCUGUUUCUACUUA